CAGAGCAGCAGUGCAGUGUGGAUGCAGGGACGUCCGUAGCUGGUGCGCUAUCGGAAGAGGCGGAUAAAAGCAGAAGGCAGCUCCCUAGCCCGUCCAUCUGCUGAAGCAAUUCUCCCGGAGGCCUGGAACACCCGGAGCGCGCUGGCAUGGGGCUGUGGCCAGGCGUCUUCCUCCUGGAGCUGCUGCUGCUUCUGGGGCAAGAGACCACCCAGAUCCAUACCUACCUUGGAAAAAAUACAUUGGAAGGACAGCCAGGGCCAGAGAUCCUGAAGAAUCUGCCAUUCCUAUGCAACUCGAAGGAGUUGGGAUUGAAUGUGCCGUCCAAGUCAGUUCACUCUCUGAAGCCCUCUGAUAUUAAAUUUGUGGCAGCCAUUGGCAGUCUGGAAGCUUCCCCGGACCCAGAGUUGCUUGACCUGGAGGAGCAAAAAUGGACUGAAAAAAGGCCACAGCAGGCAUGCAUGGAAGUGAUGACAGUCCUUUCAGAUAUCAUCGGACAUUUCAAUCCUGCUGUCCUGAUGCCCACAUGCCCUCCCGGGGAGAGAGUUACAUCCCGCGAUGGUGCUGAAGACUUGUGGAUUCAGGCUCAAGAACUGGUGAGAAGCAUGAAAGAGAACCCGCAACUUGACUUUCAACUCGACUGGAAGCUCAUCAGUGUGUUCUUCAGUAACGCAAGCCAGUGUUACCUGUGUCCCUUUGCCCAACAGAAAAGGCACGUGGCGGGCGUCAUGGCUGAGCUGACAGCAGUGCUGGACUACCUGCAGCAGGAGGUCCCCAAAGCAUUUAUAAACCUGGUGGAUCUCUCCGAGGUGGCAAAUGUCUCUCCCUGGCUGCAGGGGACUCAGCUCAGCCCCGCAGCAGAGCCCUGCGGUUGCCCAGAGGAGACCUCCAAGCUGGCCAAGGUCCUGAAGCACUGGUCCUACCAGGAAGCCUGGGAAAGCCUCCUGGCCUCCAGCAAGUACAGCGAGCAGGAGUCCUUCACCGUGGUUUUCCAGCCUUUCUUCCUUGAGACCACCCUGUCGCUGCCCUUGGAGGAGCCUCUGCCCCAGGACCCCACUGCACUCGCCUGGAGUCUCUGGAACAGGAUGAUGGAGCCGGCAGGACAGAAAGCCGAGCCGCUCAGUACAAAAGAGUGGCAGCCAGUGAAAUGUCUCUCUCAGGAGAGCCCUUACCUGUACACCUAUAGGAAUAGCGACUACCUGACCAGAUUGUCAAAACUCCAAGGGAAGCUGGAGGUAAGAGAAGGAUCGGAAAUCAGAUGUCCUGACAAGGACCCCUCCGAUACGAUUCCCACCUCAGUUCAUAGGCUGAAGCCAGCUGACAUCAAAGUAAUUGGAGCCCUGGGUGACUCUCUGACGGCAGGCAAUGGGGCCGGGUCCACGCCUGGGAACAUCUUGGACGUAUUGACUCAGUACCGAGGCCUGUCCUGGAGCGUCGGCGGCGACCAGAACCUCAGCACGAUCACCACCCUGGCGAACAUCCUCCGGGAAUUCAACCCUUCCCUGAAGGGCUUCUCUGUUGGCACUGGGAAAGAAGACAGUGUUGGAGCCUUCUUAAACCAGGCUGUGGCAGGAAACAGAGCUAAGGACUUACCUGCCCAGGCCAGGAGGCUGGUGGACCUGAUGAAGAAUGACACGAGGAUACAUUUUGAGGAGGACUGGAAGAUAAUAACCCUGUUUAUAGGCGGCAAUGACCUCUGUGAUUUCUGCGAUGACCCGGUCCAGUAUUCCCCCCAGAACUUCACUGACAACAUCGGGAAGGCUCUGGACAUUCUUCAUGCUGAGGUUCCUCGGGCGUUCGUGAAUCUGGUGAAGGUGCUCCAGAUCACCACCCUGCGGGAGCUGUACCAGGAGACCAAAGUCUACUGCCCGAGGCUGAUCCUCAGGUCUCUGUGUCCCUGUGUCCUGAAGUUUGGUGAUAACUCAACAGAACUUGCCUCUCUCAUCGAAGUGAAUAGGAAGUAUCAGGAGGGGACUCACCAGCUGGUUGAGAGUGGACGCUACGACACGAGGGAAGAUUUUACAGUGGUUGUGCAGCCAUUCUUCGAAAAAGUGGACAUGCCAAAGACCUCGGAGGGAUUGCCUGACAGCUCUUUCUUCGCUCCUGACUGUUUCCAUUUCAGCAGCAAGGCUCAUGCCCGUGCAGCCUCUGCCCUCUGGAGAAAUAUGCUGGAACCUGUUGGCCAGAAGACAACACAGCAUAAUUUUGAAAAUGAGAUCACUAUCAUGUGUCCGAGCCAGGUCUGGCCGUUUCUGAGCACCUACAAGAACAGCGUGCAGGGUCAUGGGACUCUGCUGCUGUGCAGGGACAGGGCCCCUUCUGCCUCGACCCCCACCUCAGUGCACGCCCUGAGACCUGCAGAUAUCCAAGUUGUGGCUGCUCUGGGGGAUUCUCUGACCGCUGGCAAUGGAAUUGGAUCGAAACCAGGCGACCUCCUCGAUGUCACCACACAGUAUCGGGGACUGUCGUUUAGUUCAGGAGGGGACGGCUCCCUGGAGAACGUGACCACCUUACCUAAUAUCCUUCGAGAGUUUAACAGAAACCUCACAGGCUACGCAGUGGGCACGGGCGAUGCCAAUGACACGAAUGCAUUCUUCAAUCAAGCUGUUCCCGGAGCGAAGGCAGAGGAUCUUAUGAGCCAAGUCCAAACUGUGGUGCAGAAGAUGAAAGAUGACCAGAGAGUAAAUUUUUAUGAAGACUGGAAGGUCAUCACCGUGCUGAUUGGAGCCAGUGAUUUAUGUGACUUCUGUACAGAUUCGAAUCUGUAUUCUGCAGCCAACUUUUUUGACCAUCUCCGCAAUGCCUUGGACAUCCUACAUAGAGAGGUGCCCAGAGCCCUGGUCAACCUCGUGGACUUCGUGGACCCCAGUGUCAUCCGUCAGGUGUUCCUGGGAAACCCAGACAGAUGCCCAGUGCAGCAGGCCAGCCUUUUGUGUAACUGCCUUCUGACCCCGCGGGAGAACUCCCAAGAGCUGGCCAGGUUGGAGGCCUUCAGCAGAGCCUACAAGAGCAGCACGCGUGAGCUGGUGGAGUCGGGCCGCUACGACACGCGGGAGGACUUCUCUGUGGUGCUGCAGCCCUUCCUCCACGACGUCCUGCUCCCCGUCCUGGCGGAUGGGCGCCCGGAUACAUCCUUCUUCGCCCCAGACUGCAUCCACCCGAGUCAGAAAUUCCACUCCCAGCUCUCCAGGGCCCUUUGGGUCAAUAUGCUGGAACCACUCGGAAGCAAAGCGGACACCCUGGACCUGACAGCGGAGAUCCCCCUCACCUGCCCCACACAGAAUGAGCCCUUCCUGAGAACCUCCUGGAACAGUAACUACACAUACCCCACCAAGCCAGCCAUUGAGAACUGGGGUAGUGACUUCCUGUGUGUGGAGUUGAAUCCUUCCAAUAGCAUCCCAACCUCUGUCCAUGAGCUCCGACCUGCAGACAUCAAAGUAGUGGCCGCCCUGGGUGACUGGCUGACUACAGCAAUAGGAGCUCGACCAGACAACUCCAGUGACCCACCCACAUCCUGGAGGGGACUGUCUUGGAGCAUUGGAGGGGACGGAGUCUUGGAGACCCACACCACACUGCCCAACAUUCUGAAGAAGUUCAACCCUUACCUCCUGGGGUUCUCUACUGGCACCUGCGAGGAGACCAAGGGACUGAAUGUAGCAGUAGAAGGGGCCAGAGCUCGAGACAUGCCAGCCCAGGCCCGGGACCUGGUGGAGCGAAUGAAAAGCAGCCCUGAAAUCAACCUGGAGGAAGACUGGAAGCUGGUCACACUCUUCAUUGGUAGCAACGACUUGUGUCAUUACUGCGAGAAUCUGGAGGCCCAGUCAGCCCAGGAGUACGUGCAGCACAUCCAGCAGGCCCUGGACGUCCUCUACGCAGAGCUUCCAAGGACUUUCAUCAACGUGGUGGAGGUCAUGGAGCUGGCCGGCCUGCACCAGGGCCAAGGCGGGACGUGUGCCACACUGGCAGUGCAGAGCAACUGCACUUGCCUCAGAUACACUCAAAACUCCCUGGAGAUGCAAGAACUGAAGACAGUGAACUGGAACUUCCAGAGUGGCAUCUCCAGGUUCUCCUACUGGCACCAGUACGGGCAGCGUGAGGACUUUGCAGUUGUGGUACAGCCUUUCUUCCAGAACACUCUCGUCCCACUGAACGAGAGAGGGGACCCUGACCUCACCUUCUUCUCCGAGGACUGUUUCCACUUCUCAGAGCGUGCCCAUGCCGAGAUGGCCAUCGCACUCUGGAACAACAUGCUGGAACCAGUGGGCCAUAAGACGACCUCCAACAACUUCACCCACAACCGAGCCAAGCUCAAGUGCCCCUCUCCCGACAGCCCUUACCUCUACACCCUGCGGAACAGCCGGCUACUCCCAGACCAGGCUGCAGAAGCCCCCGAUGUGUCCUACUGGGCCAUGCCUGUGGCGGCGGGAGUCGGCCUUGUGUUGGGCGUGGUCGGGACAGUGGUCUGGAAGGGUGUGAGAGGCCGCCGGAGGCACGGUCCCCCGUGAGCCCAUGUGUGAGUCCUCAGCCUACGCUCCCCAGCCACACUUCCCCAGCCCGCCCGCCUCAGCCACUCCUGGCCAAGACAGACUCGCUUCAACACCUGGCAUCACAGGAAGCCAAAGAGACAGUCACGACUUAUUGGUUCCUGGGCUUCUUCCAGGCCUGUGCUCCUGGAAUGGGCAAAUCUAAAUAAAAUCCAAAGCUAUUUCAUUCUCGGAUUAGCCUGCCUGAAGCACUUGCCUUCCAUCUGUGGGCGACACAGGUGUGGGAGCUGGAGCUUUCGCGGCCUGCCCCCCGCAGAACUGCACAGCCCAUGGCAGACCAGAGCCCGGACUGGCCCAUCAGGCUCCGUCUCACACCACCACGGGCAUGUCCUUGGUCACCAAACCCACUGUUUCUAAGGCAGGGAACAUUCUGGUCACCACCAGGUGCUGGCUGGAAUUGUGGAGCUGGCUGGCCACCACACGGGGCAAUCCAGCACAUACCUGCUAAGCACCUGCUUUGUACCCAGGACCAUGCAGGGCACUGUGGGGCCUCCAAGGCUGUGCAUGUCACAGCCUGGCCAAGGAGACAAAUGCCUUCAAUAAACAAGAAGCCACA